GCCUUAAACUGCACAGUGCACAUUUUACACGCAUCGCGACCAGGCUAACGUAUAUAACGACGAGUGGGGAGUGUUCUUCCGACAAACACGGCUGGGACAGAUAGAUAGCGGGUGUACUACAUAUUAUCGCUGCCCACACCGACUGGCGGCGGACAUACCGGUUUGGUAGCCUGCUUUCGUCUUAUCAAUAACUGUCAUUUUCUUCCCACCGCUAUGACAGACCAUGCACGUAAUUAACUGACUGUAAACAUUUAAACUCUUCGGCGGGAGGCCAAAUUCACGUCCAAUGUGAUCUCAGUUUUAUUUCAUUCCACCCGCUGCACCCGAAUCGGAUUUAUAUACGUCGGCUGUCCAACGAAAUAUGGGCGAAAUGGAAGAAAUUGUGAUGACAUCGAUGAAAAAGAAUGGACAAGCCAUGGUCCGAUUGGAUAGAAAAAAGAAAUCGGACAUAAAUUAUAGUCACGUGCAUCACGUGGCAGGAGGACCUUACAGGGGGAUUCUUAUUAAUAAAAUGGCUGAAAAUUUUGACAGUGUUCAAGAGGAAGAUGCCCGAAUUGAGUUCCUCGCCUACAUUGCCGACAGAGAGCGAGAUCGCUCAAUACAGGACAAAUGGUGUCUGAGAUUUUGGUUUCGGAAUGGCGUGGAGGGCAUCAAGAAGAAAAAUAUGUCUACAGAGUACUUCCAGGAACUCUUCAACGCGUCCACGCUGCCAAAGAAUUACAUCGGCUUCAUCAAGCGAGCGCUGGUUCUGCUACAGAAGUAUCGGCUGGUGACGCGGAUCGAGCUGGAGGUACAGCCCAACAGCGGGGACAUGGAGGAUGAGGAUCUUCCGCCCAUCAUGAGUUUCACAUCUGUCUACACACCGGCCGCCUACACCUACCAGUUUGUCCCGCAAGUACCCAUAUCGAAGAAGGAUUUUCUCACAUUCAAGGUCAAGGCCGCGGGAGAGGCGCACGUGGCGCUGUCGGCAGUUUACAGCGACUUACAGUACAAGACACACGAAAUCGUCCUCGGUGCGGAAGGGAACACGAAAUCGGUGUUGCGCGAAGGGUCCCUCGGAAAGAUCCUGGCAGAGGCCAAGACGAUAAACGUUCUCAGCGAGAAACACUUCCGCUACUUCUGGAUUAGCUGGAAGAACCAGAGGAUACAGGUGGGCAGAGGUGCCAAGUAUGGCGUGAAGACUUUCCUAGACUGGCCGGUACCGGCAGACAAACGGUUCAACAUCAGCUCACUGGCAGUAUCCACCGGCCGGAUGUCCAAGGGACGCUGGGAGUUUGCUGAUAUCCUAGAGGAGAAAGAUCUGGAGAAGUCGUUGAGACGGAACAAGAUCCGGGAGUCGUUGUUGUGGCUGGCCAAGAAACAGCGCAUGUUGCAGACGCUGGAAGACGCGUACCCGAAUCCGGUUGACGUGAACAGCAUUUUCAAGCGGAGUAACGUGAAGCAGUCGGACUCCAUCCAAGGCAUCGUGAUGCUGAAGGAGCUGGAGAGGAGAGGAUUAAUCCAGGAGAUCGAGAAGGGCCUGUGGAUCCGUGUCCAGUCCACGGGGCAGCAGGUCGCUCACGAGGUAAUCAUAGUUAAAGAUCUGCCGACCUUGACCGGAAAGGAGCAGCCGACAAUUGCUGUCAUCACCGGACUGUACUGUGAGAAACUGGCUGUAGACGCCAUGAUGGACGAUAAAAAGACAUACAUCAAGUUCAAAACAGAAGGAGGAACCAUGGGGGAGUCGCAGGUGUACACGGUGGGGCGUAUCGGCAACUACAACGUGGUGUCCACCAAACUGUCACGACUAGAGAGCGGUGAACAGGGGGAGAUAGCAGCUGAAAACACCGUCACCAGGCUGUUAGGGACCUUUAACAAAGUGGAUCACGUUUUCGUCUGUGGGGUGGGCGGUGCAGUUCCUCACUUCUCCGACUUCGACAAGCACAUCCGUCUGGGCGACAUCGUCGUCUCCAUGCCAUCCGAGCAGAACUGCGGCAUGUACAUAUACUGUUCCAGGGUGGAGAAGAUCUCAGACACCGCAGGUUACAGCUACCUGACGCGGGCCUGGGACCCGAGAUACGACACCCUGCAGAAGGUCGUGCACAAGCUACAGGAGGAGGUCAAGUCGAAUCCCACCGGCACGACGCCUUGGGAGAAGUACAUAGAACAAGGCCAAGCGGUUCUCAGAGGGCAGGAGUCCAACUUCCAGCGUCCCAAGAUCUGGACGGACAAGUUAUUCUACUCGAAGCCUGAUGGAACCUUGGUGCAACUGGACCAUCCCAGACCUAAGGGACUGGCCGCCAAGGCGUACGUGGAAGGAAAGGUCCGCGUCGCUUAUGGCGCCAUUGCCUCUGGAAGGAUCGUCUCGAAGAACCAAGAGUUGAAAUUCGACUUCUCCCACAUGAACGGGGUUAGGUGUUUCGACCACGAUUACGAAGCGGUCAUAGACUCUCUGGAAGGAAACCGGAACGAUAGUUUCCUCAUCAUCCGGGGCAUGUGUGACUAUGUCGAUGGGAGGAAAAAGGAAUGGCAGCCAUAUGCAUCUCUGGUCUCUGCUGCUUACAUGAAAUCCGUUAUCAUGGCGCUGUGAUUGUGAUCCGGGGCCAUGGACAGAGAUUUGAUAUAAUGUAAUAUGAAACAAAGUUUUCUAACUGGGGAUACAACGAUGCCUUUUCUGCAACUAUGAAUAUAUCUUGCUUCCAUAAUUCCAUAAUUCUGGCUGCGCCCUUUGACACAGUGAAUGCAGGUCCGUAGAAAGGAUAUUUCGAAUAAGGUGGAGCUGGGCUGUUUAGAGGAGUGCAGGAGAAUCUUCUUUAAAAAAAUUUAUAUAUUUGGAUGGUCAUCUUAGAAUCUACAAAACUAAUAUCAAUGCUUUAAAUAACCAUUGCUGGCUCUUCUUUUACAUACAACAGUAACAUGUACAUAAAAGUUGAAUCUAAAAAGUAAAUAUUACUUGAUCAUGAUCUUCAAGUUAGGGGAACCGGCUUGCCCUCCUAGUUCCCACGGGCCUGGAAUGCAAUAACGAAUCAAUCCAUCGCUCUAUCACCAGUAAAGGGGAGCAAACAUAAUUCACCAGCAAGUCUGUAGACUGUUUCCUUGUCACAUUGACCAUAGAACACGUGUUACUAAAAGUAACGUGAACAUUGGUGCUGACUGUCAAAACAACAGUGGACAAGUGUGGCAUUAUAAACACAUGAACUCUCUCUUCUCUCUUGGAUCGUCCAGUAAUACAUGCAAACUUGCCCAAAUUUAGUGCUCAUCCGCAAUACAUUUUUUUUCUUCAGUAUUUUGUAUAAUUUGUCAGUAUUGAAUUAAAUGUGUUAAUAUAUAUACAA